AUGCACACAGUUUUUCGAAUCGUUCACGUUCAGCCAAUAGAAAAUCGUCUCUGGCAAGUAGAACUCACAUUGACCACUGCCGAUGAUGAUCAAGAUUUGAAACGACUUACAGAACGUAUACGACAAGAAACACAGGGAGGAACAGGAUGGCUUCAAUUGGGCAAAUUACUAAUGAAAAUGGCACAUUUCAAAAAGGCCGAAGAAGUGUACCAGACACUACUGAAAGACACAUCUGUGGACAAUCAAGAAGAAAUUCUUUCCCUAUAUUUGGGUCUUGGAAGAUUCAAAAGUGGUCAAGGAGAAUAUGAACAAGCACUCGAGUUCUAUCAAAAGACACUCGAAAACCAACAAAAGUUGCUCUCUCCAAAUCAUUCUAGUUUGGCUACUACUUGCAACAACAUUGCUUUAGUCUAUGAUUGCAUGGGAGAGCAUUUGAAAGCAUUUGAAUUUUGUCAAAAGGCACUUGAAAUUCAAGAACAUUCUCUUCCAUCAGACCAUUUCAGUUUAGCUAUUACCUACGGAAACAUCGGCUUGGUGCAUUUACACAUGGGUGAAUAUUUGAAAGCACUCAAGUUCUAUCAAAAAGCAUUAGAAAUUGAACAACGAACUCUUCCUUCAAAUCAUCCAGAUUUAGCACUUACCUACAGUUGCAUUGGUGGAGUAUAUCAUAAUAUGGGAGAGUUCUCUAAAUCACUCGAAUUCUAUCAAAAAGUACUUGAAAUCAACCAGAAAUCGCUUCCUCCAAAUCAUCCUGAUUUGGCUGCUACGUACAAUAAUAUCGGCGGGGCACACUUAGAUAUGGGAGACUAUUCCAAAGCACUUGAGUUCUAUCAAAAAACGCUCAAAAUCAUUCAAAAUACUCGUCCCCCAAAUCAUCUCAAUUUCGCGGUCGUCUACGAAAACAUUGGCACAGCACAUCUAAAUAUGGAAGAGUAUUCUGAUGCAUUGGAGUCUUUUCAAAAAUCCAGUGAAAUCCGAAAAAAGUCUCUUCCACCAAAUCAUCCUGAUAUGGGUGCUACCUACAACAAUAUUGCUGCACGUAACAGUCAGUUACAACUUGGUUAUAACGAGAUAACUGUCAAGAUUGUUUCAAAACGUGAAGAGUCUGCUGAUCACCGAAAAAUUAGUCGAAAAAAAAUCUAA